UUUCACCUUAGCGCCCGCGGGCUCUCCCUGGUCCGGUGCCGAGCCCCGCGUCUCCGAGGGGGGACUGCCCGCGCCUUAGAGCAGCGAAGGGAGCCCUGCCUAGCCGCUGUGGCUAUAGCACCCGGGGAUAGGUCUCCACAGAACUAAGAAUAUUGAAAGCAGCCUCCCUUCCCAGGAUGGACCUGGUCAUCAGUUUUGUUUCUCUUCUAUUUGUAAUCUCUUUUGUACGCACAGCAGAAGCAGCCUCAGCAUGUCCUGAUCAGGAUCCUGAGCUGGAACCCUGGAAUGCUGGUCACGAUGAAGAUCAACACAUUGAAAUCCGCAAAGGGAGGAAGCUCCUUCUCUCUUCCUCUGCAACCGUCCACUCUAUCCACAUUACAGAUGGAGGAAAGCUGGUGAUUAAGGACAAUACACAGCCUAUAGUUUUGCGAACUCGACAUAUAUUGAUUGAAAACGGAGGAGAGCUACAUAUUGGCAGUGAGCUAUGUCCAUACCAAAGUAAUGUGGUGGUCAUCUUAUACGGGCGAGCAGAUGAAGACAUCCAGCCAGAUGCUGAGUUUGGCCAAAAAUAUAUUGGGGUCAGUCGAGGUGGAACCCUUGAGAUCCAUGGUGAGAAAAAGUUGUCCUGGACUUUUUUAAACAAGACUCUUCACCCUGGUGGAAUGGAAGAAGGUGGCUACUACUUUGAGAGAAGCUGGGGGCAUCGAGGUGUCAUUGUCCAUGUUAUUGACCCAAAGACAGGGGCAGUCAUCCAUUCAGAUCGGUUCGAUACCUACAAACUGAAAGGGGAAAGUGCCCGUCUUGUCCAGUAUUUGAGAGCAAUUGACAAUGGCAUGAUCCUGUCAGUAGCGGUGAAUGAUGAAGGGUCUAGAAACUUGGAUGACUCGGCCAGGAAAGCAAUGACCAAACUGGGCAGCAAGCAUUUCCUCCAUCUUGGGUUUAGGCAUCCUUGGAGCUUUAUUACAGUAAAAGGAAACCCUUCCUCUUCUGUUGAAGACCACAUGGAAUAUCUAGGACACAAAGGAUCAGCUGUGGCCAAAGUAUUCAAACUAUUCCAGGCUGAGAAUGGAGAGCAUUUUAAUGUGUCUUCAACCAGUGAGUGGGUUCAAGAUAUAGAAUGGACAGAGUGGUUUGAGAAGCCCAAAAAGGCAAGAUCCAAAGACACGGAGAAACUUUCUGACCUCAGAGCAGCAAACCCAGGCAAAAUCUGUAGUCAUCCCCUUGCUAUCCAGGCAGCUACGCUUUCUGGAGCCAAUUUAACAACUGAGGUUUUCUACAAAAGCGGCCACGAUUAUAGGUUUAUGUGCCAUGGUAAGGAUCAGACAGACGAAGGCUGCCAAAAUUACCGAGUGCGGUUCCUGUGUGGCAAACCUGUGAGACCAAAGCUUACUGUAACCAUCGAUACCAAUGUGAACAGCACAAUCUUGAGGCUGGCAGACGAUGCACGAUCAUGGAAGGCUGGAGAUAGACUUGUUGUUGCCAGUACGGAUUAUUCCAUGUACCAGGCGGAAGAAUUCCAAGUCUUGCCAUGCAGAGCCUGUGGGCCUAAUGAGGUCAAAGUAUCAGGGAGAGCGGCCUACCUUCACACAGGAGAAGUGAUCGACGGAGUGGACAUGAGGGCAGAAGUAGGGCUGCUAAGCCAAAACAUAGUGGUGAUGGGAGAGAUGGAGAGGCAAUGCUAUGACUAUAGCAAUGGUUUAUGCACCUUCUUUGAUUUUGACACCUUUGGCGGACACAUCAAGAUUGGUCUUGGUUUUAAAGCUGCCCAUAUUGAAGGUUUAGAAUUGAAACACAUGGGCCAGCAGAGAAUGGGACACUAUCCAAUUCACUUCCACUUGGCUGGGGAUGUGGAUGAGAAGGGAGGCUACCACCCUCCAUCCUAUGUGAAGGGCGUCUCCAUUCACCACACCUUCUCGCGCUGUGUCACAGUCCACGGCUCCAAUGGCUUGCUGAUUAAGGAUGUUGUGGGCUACAACACCCUGGGACACUGCUUCUUUACUGAGGAUGGGCCAGAGGAACGCAACACAUUUGAUCACUGCCUUGGACUGCUCGUUAAACCUAGCACUCUUCUGCCAUCUGACCGAGACAGUAAAAUGUGCAAGAUGAUUACAGAAGGGGCAUACCCAGGGUACAUCCCCAAACCCAGGCAGGAUUGCAACGCUGUAUCCACCUUCUGGAUGGCCAAUCCACAUAACAACCUUAUAAACUGUGCGGCUGCAGGAUCCGAAGAAACAGGGUUUUGGUUUGUUUUUCACCAUGUGCCUACAGGCCCCUCAGAAGGAAUGUAUUCUCCAGGCUACACUGAGCACAUUCCAAUGGGAAAAUUCUACAACAAUCGGGCACAUUCCAACUACCGAGCUGGCAUGAUCAUUGAUAAUGGAGUCAAAACCACACCAGCAUCUGCUAAGGACAAAAGACCUUUCCUGACACUGAUUUCUGGGAGAUACAGUCCGCACAAAGACGCUGACCCUUUAAAGCCUAGAGAACCUGCGAUAAUUGAGCACUUUAUUGCGUACAAGAACCAGGAUCAUGGGGCCUGGCUGAGGGGUGGAGAUGUAUGGCUGGAUGGCUGCCAGUUUGCUGACAAUGGCAUUGGCCUGACCUUGGCAAGCGGUGGAACUUUCCCACAUGACGAUGGUUCGAAGCAAGAAAUAAAGAACAGCCUGUUUGUCGGUGAGAGUAAAAACGUGGGGACAGAGACCAUAGACAACCACAUUUGGGGGCCCGGAGGCCUGGAUCACAGUGGAAGGACUCUCCCCAUAGGCCAGAAUUUUCCAAUUCGAGGGAUUCAGUUCUAUGAUGGGCCAGUCAAUGUCCAAAACUGUACAUUUCGCAAGUUUGCUGCACUGGAUGGUCGCCACACAAGUGCCCUGGCAUUCCGGCUCAACAACGCCUGGCAGAGCUGCCCCAAUAACAAUGUCACAGACGUUCUAUUUGAAGACGUUCCCAUUACCUCAAGAGUGUUCUUUGGUGAACCUGGACCCUGGUUCAAUGACCUGAAUAUGGAUGGUGAUAAAACAUCAGUUUUUCAUGAUGUAGAUGGCUCUGUGUCAGAAUAUCCCGGCUCAUACCUUAUAAAGGAAGAUAACUGGUUGAUCAAACACCCAGACUGUAUUGAUGUGCCAGACUGGAGAGGUGCCAUCUGCAGUGGGCACUAUGCACAGAUAUACAUCCAGGCCUAUAAGUCAGCCACCCUGAGAAUGAAAAUAAUCAAAAAUGACUACCACAGUCAUCCACUCUACUUGGAGGGGGCUUUAAGCAAAAGUUCUCCUUACCAGCAGUAUCAACCAGUUAUAACGCUGCAGAAAGGUUAUACCAUCCAUUGGGACAAGACCGCACCUGAGGAACUGGCUAUAUGGCUCAUCAACUUCAACAAGAAUGACUGGAUCCAGCUAGGGUUGUGUUAUCCUAAAGGGACAACAUUUUCCAUUCUCUCAGACAUCCACAAUCGUCUCUUGAAGAAAACAUACAAAACUGGGACCUUCUAUAGGACCUUGCAGAUGGACAAAUUGGAGUACAGAUAUCCUAACAAAGGAUACUAUUACUGGGAUGAGGACACUGGGCUGCUGUUUCUGAAACUCAAAGCCCAGAAUGAGAAAGAGAAAUUUGCCUUCUGCUCAGUCCAAGGCUGCGAGAGAAUAAGGAUCAAAGCUGUGAUCCCAAAGAACGCCGGAAUCAGUGACUGUGAAGCCAUGGCCUAUCCAAAAUACACAGAAACUCCAGUAGUAGAUGUGCCAAUGCCUAAGAAGCUCUCUAACUCACUACUGAAGAAUAAGGACCAUUUCCUAGAGCUGAAAGUAGAAACCUUCAAGACCAGAUACUUCCACCUCAGGGAUGACUUUGCAUACAUUGAGGUUGAUAGUAAGAAGUUUUUCCUCCCUGAUGAUGGUAUCCAAGUAGUUGUGAUUGAUGGGAAGCAUGGAAAAAUUGUUGACCGAAUAAGUUUCAAAAACUCUAUUCUACAGGGAAUCCCAACGCAGAUAGACAAUUAUGUCACCAACAUCAAAAACAAUUCUAUAGUGGUGAUGGCAUCCAAAGGCAGAUUCAUUUCAAAAGGACCUUGGACUAAAGUACUGGAAAAACUUGGAGUUGAGAAGGGUUUUAAGUUAAAAGAUAAAAUGGCUUUUGUCGGAUUCAAAGGCAGCUUUCGACCAGUUUGGGUGAAACUGAUCACCGAGGAGGAUGCAGCUAAAAUCUAUCAAGUUGUGCCAAUCCCUGUGGUGAAGAAAAUGAAAUUAUGAGGACACCAGGCUUUGCCUUCCUGCUGUUAGCACUGCCCCAAUAGAAAAGGACUACUGACUGCUCACAAUAGGCACCAUGCCACAGGUCUCCAGAGAUGUAGCAUUUCUUUGUUGCUGUACAUGAAGAAAGCUUUAUUGCAAGUGGGUAGAUGGCCACAUGUGACAAACAGCAUUCCUUGUGCUGCACAUCUUGUUUGAUCCUGCCCUACUGAUCUGCUUGCUGAUACCAGAUUUACCUUUAUUUUCUAAGCUAAUAUCUGAGGCAAAACUGUUUUCAAAUAGUGGGGGGAAGGGUGUCAGUGCCUUUUACAUGGCCUGGUCAUGUUCUGCCUCUACAUCUCUUGUGAGCCUCUCGGGUAUGAAUGUUAAAUCUAAUUGCCAUACAAGGCUCGGAAUUUUCCCAUGGGACUGAUUGCAUCCACCCUCUGCUGUUUUUGAGAGUGCAAUCAGCUGCUCGCACAAAACCAGGAAUGCAAAUUCAGAGGCUGGCUGAAAAUUUGGAUCAGAAAUCAUAAAUUAUAGUCAGUAUCUAAAAGCUGCAAAACAUGGUCAAACAAUGAGAAUUUAUUUGAAACUUUCUGCACUAUUCUGUCAAACUGCUGCAGAAUCCUGAGACUAAAUUGUACACGCUGAACCACAGGGGAGUUAUCACAUUUCAGCUGAUGGUACAUAGUGGGGAAAGAAAUGGCAUAGGAGUGAUUUAACACAUUGUGAUGCUUUGGGGUUCACCCAGACCAAGAAGGGGUUGUGUCACCACCUGCCCUGUAACCCUGGGUGCUUCUGUGCUAUGCAGCUAUGGCUCAGAACUCUGACACCAGCACCCUGCACAGAGCUCAGUGAUCUCACCCUGGCUUCCACCUGCUUGAUUACUCCUUGCCGGGGGACACCAACAGCCUCUUCUGUCCUGAGUCUACUCAAAACAGUCUCCCCUGCAGUGCUCUCCGUAGCAUUCACCAAACCUUAUCAAGUUUGCUACUCCUUUGGCGAAACCGUAUGCAGCACCAGCCUGUUAGUGUGGUGGAGGAUUUUACUCGUCCGUUUGAAACGCUGCACUGAGAUGGUGGUGUACUAAAACAAGAUUAAGUUUAUUAACAAGGAAGCGAUAUUGAAGUGAUACCACGUAGACAGAACUGGGACCGAAAUGGCUACAAACAAAAGGAAAAAUACACUUCUAAGACUAAAACCUAGCUUAAACUAGAGUCUCUUGUUCAAAGUAGUUUUCUCACCAUGGUUGUUCUUCCAGCAUGGCUGCCCAGUUCUUAGCCCCGAACCAACACAGAGCUCAAAGCACUUUGUUUCUUCAUCUCUUCAGAUGAAGGAUGCCAAAAAGACUUUUUCUCUCUGCUUAUCUCCUCAAAGUUUUAUCUUUAUUUUCAAAGUCAGGAAGCCCGCUUGAGGGCUCAGCUUGCUGUGUCCAUGUUCAGGAGCUGAGACCAUGUUCAUUUUUGCAGUCUCCUCCUCCUGUCAUGAUAGUUACGUAGCUAUUUCCUCAACUCACUAGUUUGAUGGCUUUGUUUACCUUUUUUGUAAAUGUACUUCCAUUGUCUCUCUUGGCUCAAUUGACAUUGGAGACACAUUUGUGCAGGCGGGACUAUGUUCCUUUGUCAAGGGUGGGGUGACUUAUGCCCUCCCUGCCAAGCAUGUUUUAAGAACAUAUUUCCAGCACACAUUUGUACGUUUUCAUACAUCAUGCAUCCAUGCACCAGCAAUAAUAUUAAUGACCAACUUGUUACCAGUUUGCCUAUAUCAUCUUACAUGGCACCUUUUAGAUACAGUAAAUUGGGGUACACUGAGCUGGUUAGGCCAGUGGAGGCUCACUACUAGAAACCAGGGCACCCCUUGUCCUCUGGCGUUGGGGUGCUCUUAGGGUCACAUGUGCAAACCAAAUAUGGUCAUAAUGGAACAUGCCAUUUCUGAUCAAUCCCAUAACCAACAACUGGCAUUCCCAUGGUUAUGCUUUUAAAUAGCUGUUGUCAUGAUUCUGUGUUUUUUCCCAGGCAAGCAGCCACAGACUGGUGGAAAAGACCUGACAGCCAAGCACUACACACUUACUCAGACUUUCCCACACAUUCCUUCAAAUAUAAAUCUUCAGAGCCAGCCCAAUGUGCCUACAUGACAUGCUACCGAGAGGAUCCACACUUGGGUCUCUCGCUCCCAGGCAGGGAAUGCUGGGGAGUCAUUUUACUCCAUCCCUAAUCAAGGGUGAGGAUUCAAUUGUGCUUCCCAGAAGACACCCCUCCUCCCCAGAUAAUGUAAUCUUGCACAUUUUAUGCCCCCUUUCCUUCAAAACAUAACGUUCUAAGUUUUAAAAAAUGGAUGAUGAGCAAAGCUGAGCGUACACCAGAGCUGCUUGCCAGCACACUUCAUUAAGCUGGGAAAUUUUAUCUUAACCUUAUAAAAACACUGCAUAUUGUUCAAAAUUGCACAUGAUGAAUUGCUGUGUGUUUCCCAAAGAUGUCAUGCAGGUGUCUCAAGUGGCUUCUGUUGUUCGGGUAACUUUCUGAAAAAAAAGUGGCUUCUUGAAGUAGGCAAAUUGUCCAUAUGCCAGAGCAGCUAUGUUUCCCUCCCCUCCACUACCCCCCCGGAAAACCAUUGUUGGUUUCUUUUUAAAUCGGUCGUCGUCUUUUUUCCGAGUGUCUCUUUUUUUCACUGUAUCUGAAGUGUCAGCUCUGGAUUGGAAUGAAGCAGCCAUGAAUCUGUGUGUCAUUGCGCAUGCUGUCACUGUGCAGCUGUUGAAUUCCACAAGACCUUUCUGGCACUGUUUUCAGACCAGGUUGCUGUGUGAGUCAGUUAUGAGUGAUGUUCAGGCUCUACUGUAGGUAUGUGCCUCUCCAGCCCUUCCUGGGUUUUAAAACUGGAAUUGCUUUUCUCUAUAUUGUUUUUAUAUACUGUUUUCCAUUAGCGGAAUUUCAAGUGUUGCAUUUUUUAAAAGGAUCCAGGGUUAUUUUCCUUUUCCCUGGCUUCUUUACAGUCUAUUAAUGAAGGAUUUCUCGUUCAAGCAAAGGAAUGUCCUCUCUAAACCAUUCGUGCCAUUUGGGCCAAUUCCACUGGAUGCAAUGUGAAAGGGCAUAGCUCUCAAGCAAUAUACAUUUCUCUGCCAAUGUCUUAUGAUGAUUUGGGUCCUUUCCACCCCCAGAUCACAACUAUUCCUUAAAAAAAGAUUAGUCUCACUUACAGUUCAACCUCGAUUAUACAAAUCUCAUUUAUCUGAAACUCCCUGUUAGCCAAAACAGGAUCCUAUCCCUUAGGUCUAGUAAUUACAUUUAAAAAUCCUUGAUUAGUCAGAACCCUGGCUAUCUGAAUGGAUUCAGUGUCCUCCACAACAUUCCUGUAAUCGAGGCUGUACUGUAGGUACAACUGCAUCUAUUGCUCUGUAUUAGCAGAUCAUACGUACGAUAUAAUGAAUGAAAAAUACUAGAAAUGGGCCAAGACCAGAAAAAAAAUUUCUGAAGGUUUUAGGAGAGGAACCAGGAUCAAAACACCUCUGGGUUUGGAUUUAGUUUUCCAAAAACAUCCUGUUUUUGCCCUUUGAUAUUCUAGCCGACUAGGUCUUUAUAUUGGAGGAGCUAAGCACCUGUAGACUCAGUACAAUCAAACCCAAUGGAGCAGGAGUCGAGUACUUUGUUUAACUAAUACAAAAAGGCAAGUUGCAUUUGUACUGAAGUGUAGCUUCUAAUUUUCAAAAUUUUUGGAAUUCUCAGGGUGAAAUCAUAAGACUUGGCUCUAGGAAAUAUGCUUGUUUUUUAAAUCACAUCUUAUCCAGGAAAAAAAAAGUCCAUUUUGUUCUGUCAUGCAAGGAUAGUCACAUGAGCCUAUUCUGGGGGAAGGGGAGGGGUCUUACUCUGUAAAUACUUAGGAUAGGAUCACUGCAACUUGUUAAGCCUAGACAGAGAACAUGGCAUGGCGUAAUAGGCCAGAUUCUCUCCUGAAAUGCAAGCAGCUCCCAUUGACUCAAUGGGAGUUAAGUGCAUGGAACUGAUGGUAGAAUUUGGCCUAAUAUCACCAACCAAUAGUUCUGAUAUAUCAUUUUUUAAAUAUUUGUGGAUUCUAGAAGUUGUACAUGUGCUCCUCUGCAAGUAGUGAGUUGACUGACUCCUUGUAGCUUGUACAUUCUUUAAACUGUCCAUUCACAAACUGCAAAUAUCCUGUCUAUAAGGUUUAAUUGCUGCAAAUAUUUUUACAUUAGCCUACAUAUACAGUUGUCAUCCUUAGGGCAAUUUUGGGGUGGGGGUGCAUCAGUUCAAAUGCUUGUUUUACCUGUUGCCGAAAUAGCUGGUCCUUUUUCGGAAUUAGAUGUAUAGUGUUUUGUACAUUUUCCUAUAGACUUCAAAAUGAAAAAGAUAUAUUUUCUAUUUAUUUAUUACAAAGGCACUAUGAGAACUAAAUUUGCAGAGAUUUGAAGACCUGUAACUGGAUUUUAGCAUUGUCCAAGCUGUUAAGGAGGUUGGAAAUAUGUCUUUUCAGAUAAUCUGCUUUGCACUUGAAAGUUAUGUCCACAGAAUGUGGCAAUGCAUUGACUGUCUAGUUUAUGCUGACAGAAGCUUUUGGAAGAUUCAUUCCAAAAGUUUUUGCUUACAACAGAAUUAAUAUGUAGUAGUUUGGAAUACAAAAAGGUUUAUCAGAAUAAAUAUUCAAUGCCAAAUUA